AAGCAAUCAAUCAGCAUGAGAAUGAAGGGGGAGAUCGCGAACAUGAGCGAAUGGCGGGAGGCAGAGUUUGCACAGAACUGCACAUACAUCGUCAACGACCAGCCAUGUGACCAGCUCAAGAGCGACAGCUCCCCCCGCGCUAUGACCUCCAUACCGCGCAACUUGCGCUUCAAGUACAACCAAGCCAGUGAAGUGACUGGGGUCUUCAGCAGGGAGUACAUCCCUCAAGGCACUCGCUUCGGACCUCUGCUAGGACACCAUUACACCAGAGACAGCAUUCCCAAGCACGCCAACAGGAAGUACUUCUGGAGAAUUUACUCCCCCGGAGGGAAGUUUCACCAUUUCGUUGAUGGCUAUGAUGUGCACGAGAGCAACUGGAUGCGCUACGUGAACCCAGCUUGUUCCCUCAGUGACCAAAACCUAGUGGCCUGCCAGAAUGGCAAAGAUAUCUACUUCUACACCGUCCAGCCCAUCCCAGUCAACCGCGAGCUUCUCGUCUGGUACAGCAGAGACUUCUCAGAGCGCCUGCACUACUCCCCACAUGGGGACCUGCUCCAUCCCAAACUGAAGCACUCGACCAAGGAAUUCAAGGAUUCUGAAGCUAACAGGCAGCAGCUACCUCACAAAGAUGCAUUCUACGAAACAGACCAAAAAUUCAAAGCUAAGAAGACAAAAAGAGAAGAGGACAAAGAAGAGGAGGAAAAGAUUGACGUGGAAAUGCUGGAAAGGGACACACCUCCUGUAACCCCCGACAACCAGAUUGUGGAUUUCAGCAAAAAGAUUCACUCAGAAACAGACCCUCAAACCAAACUCCAGCCUUCAGCAGACUUCCCAGAGAAGAGGCCAGUCUCCCUUAUGAGAGAAACAUCUAGUGACAGGGCCAGUCCUUGCCAUGCCACCAGUCCAAACCAAAGAGUGAAAAGCCCAACUGACGAACACUCAGAACUGAGCUGCUGUUCUUCGGCUAUAAAUACGACAACCACCCCCCACAAGGAUCUGACCUUAAACCUCCACGGUCUUUACAGCAGCGAGGAGGGCUUGGUCUCCUAUCCCAUUUACUCCCCACCAAGGCACCUCCAGCAGCCCUAUCUCUACCCUUACGGACACCACCCCUCACAUUAUCACCACCUCCUGCUACCUCAGUACUCUCCCCCAUUCCCAGGCAUAGGGCCCAACAUGAAUGGCCUGGGCAUCUUCCCUAGGGUACCCCCCAUGUACAACAGCUACCUGGGGGCCCAUGGUCUGCCUUACCCCUUGGUCUCCCAGCAGAAGGUCAUGGGGCUCCCAGCGGGUCUUCAGGAGGGCGGCCCCCACCACUGCCUGCGUCUCCCGGAGCAGCCCAGAGACGGGAUCAUUCCAGCCCCCACCAGCGCUUUCUCACUCAAGUCUCCAGAGGGCGGGCUGAAGGAGAGACUUCCCAACCACUCCCCUCCCAGCGGAGCCCCCGCAACACCAGAGCACUCUCCCCAGCCGAAGCUUACCUCACAAUCCCCAGGUCACAGCAACGAGGCCAUCAACCUCAGCAAGCCAAAGACCAGCCAGGGCCCCUCCAGCAGCCCUGGGUACAAGUCCCUCCCUUACCCCCUCAAGAAGCAGAAUGGCAAGAUCAAGUAUGAGUGCAACCAGUGCCUGAAGACCUUUGGACAGCUCUCCAAUCUUAAGGUGCACUUGCGGGUCCACAGCGGAGAACGUCCAUUCCAGUGUCUCGUGUGCAGAAAGAGCUUCACUCAGCUGGCUCACCUGCAGAAACACAACCUGGUGCACACAGGGGAGAAACCCCACGAGUGUCAGGUUUGCCACAAGCGCUUCAGCAGCACCAGUAACCUCAAAACCCACCUCAGACUGCACUCAGGUGAAAAACCCUAUCAGUGCAAGCUGUGCUCCACCAAGUUCACCCAGUACGUCCAUCUCAAGCUGCACAAGCGCCUGCACGCCCGCGACAGGCCUUACAAGUGCCUCCUCUGCUCCCAGUCCUACAUCCACCAGAUCAGUCUGCAGAUCCACAGCAGAGGAUACUGCCCCUCGGCUGCCAUGCUGGACCAGUCGCACGAGGAGCUCUGCCGGAUGAACGAGAUGAUCAGGAAGUUUGAUGUGAGCUCCGAUGCUGAUACCAUGGAAGAGAAAGCCAGCAUGGCUGAGGUUGACACGGUGGAGAAAUGUAUGUUGAAGAGUCGAGAGUUGAAGGAAGGCAAGGAGGAUCAGCUUCAGACUGGCUUCUUCCACCACCACCACCACACACCAUCCCCAGUUUCCCAUGAAAGAAGCCCAGCCACUGCUGGGAACAUAUUCAGACCACACUCACACAUCACCAUGAAGCAAGAAGUUCCAUAACUUUGUAAAAGGUGGACCUUUAUAAAAGUGUCCUAAAAGUAAAGCCAAGGGUAGUAAAAGUAGCAAGCAUAGGCUACCAUAAAGAAGUAUGUGGUUAAACAGGGUACAAACCACAGUAAACUUACCAUGGUAACUUUGCUAUGGGAAACUUUUAUAUGGACAGCGGUCAGAGUUCAAUGUUUAAUGACUGAAAAGUUCCAACAUCUGUUGAAUAGCCUUGUGGCAAAACGAUUGCACGUGGAAACGAGAGAACUGUCUUCUUUUCCCUGAGUUCUGGGGUUGUGGGGAAAGUGCAGAAGGCUUUAAGGAGCAAAAAAAGAAUAAAUCACCCCCAAAAAAGCUUAAACAACCUGAGGUACCAAACAGCACCAGCUUCCCAAAGACCUUCUCAAACAGAGACUUGCAACUGCACUGCUGAUUAAAUGCUUUGACAGCACAGUACAGUAUGAGAUAAGAACAGAUUUUGGAAUCGUUCUAGAAAUUGACUUAUUUUUGUGUGUAUGUUUUUUUAAUUUAUUGACAAAAAAACUUUUUUUUCUAAUAUAUUUUGAAGUCUUUUCAUUCUUUGUUUGUCUGUCUGACAUUGCCAGUAUGUUGAAUUAACAACUUUAAUCCCUUGAUGCCAGUCUAGCAAUACCUACAUAUCUGGUUUUCAAAGUUCUCCUUAUCAAAAUGUGGGAUCGGUGGGAGAUUUGAACAAAUUUGGUUAGAUAUGUUCCCAUGUAGCAUUGCAACAUGGAUCUGUUGAUGCAAGCAGCUGAAUUUUUUAUAUCAAAAUGUAAAGCUAUUUUUGUAAGUAUUAAGUCUUUAGUGAUCAUUUAAUCUGUCUUUUUCUACAUAUUGCUGUAUUGUUCUACAUUAAUAAUAACUGAAUAGGGUUACAUCUUGUAUGGUAGUGAAAUAAGAACCACCCUUAUUCAAGGUGUCAUUUUAAUAUUCAAGCAAAAUUGGCACGGAAAAAACAGACUCCAAAUGAGUUUGUGCUUGCAUUGGACUGUUCAGAACAUGUAGCAUUUUAAAUACAUGCUUCCUUUAUUUAAUACAUGGACUUUGUUCUUUCAUAUUUCUGUGUCACUUUUGAGGAAUUGGCAGCAGUUGUAUUUUUAUAUAUCUAUUUGUCAGUUUCACUAAGGGGAACUUGUUCUAUAGGCUUUUAGGGAAAUUUUGUUUCACUGCAUUUAAACCAUAGUCAUCUGUUUUUGCUCUGGGAAAUAAAACACACAAAUCAAAUCAAAACCUGUAGAACAAAUGUUUUAUACAAAAGGAUGUGAUUGCAAAGAUUGCACAGAACUCACCAAAAAACUAUUGAAUUAUUAGAAAACCAAAAAAUGAACUAGAUACUAAAACAGGAACAGCUUCUUAUGCAUCAGUGCGUAUUCAAUGCCACAUUUGAAAAAUGGAAUAGAAGUUGUGUUUGGUGUUUUUAUUGUGAUCGUUAGAGUAUGUAGCACGCACAGGAACAUGCCUGUGCAAUUCUAGUUUUAUUGAAGUGUGAACAAUAUUAACACCCACAAAAUAAAAAACUAGGUUGUCUAGGGUUUUAAUACUGGGAUUAUGUUAUUAGCAUUACAGCAUUGUCACUUUCUCUCAUGCUGAAGAACUUUUUGUAUUCAUUGCUUCAUUUUUCAAUACUCAAUAGAUUGACAUCUUGACACUUCCUGUGUUGUAGGUCAACUUCAGAUCUAUUGUGUUGCAUUUAGUCUGAGCGUCUGCAUUAAUGUAAAAAUAAAAGCUUUUCAGCAUAGGAAAGGGGGCAGGGAUAAGUAUGGCUAAAGCUAAUAAGGGGUAGGAUUUUAAAUCCUGGACAAUGACUCCAUAUUCUUGACCAUCGUGACAUAUUUUAGACCCUAUCUGUGUUUAAACCAAAGCAUUACUUCACUUCGGGUGAAAAACUUGAACAGGUUUUUGCUUGACGGGUACAGUUCUAUUUCCUUAUUCUUUUUUGUAAGCGAAACCUCAAAACAAUCAUCAAAAUAAUGUGUUUUGGUACUUGAUGUAAAGGGUCAGAUACAAGCACUUUCCAAUACUACAGGUUCUAGGUUGUAAUAGCCAAGGUAAUCUAGAAGGUACAGAUGUGAUACUUUGUACAUUCCCAUUGGAAUGUGGUGUUUUGGCAUGUUAUUAUAGCUGCUAAACCCAAACUCAGGUCUACUCAUUCAGGUUAGAAACUAGCAGCCCAUCAGGUGUAUAUCCGUGUAGUGCACUAGAUCUAGUAGUAACAUCAUUACACCUUUUGGCUUGAGAGUCAUGAUACCAAGUCAUUAGCCCCUAAACCAGCAAGCUGUACUCCAGCAUUAAACUUCCUCCUUUCUUUUUCUUUGUCUUUUUUUCUAUGGAGAAUUCAGGGAAGAUAACAUGUUUGAUAUAUUUGCACCAAAGCUUCUGUGACUGUUUAAGAAGGAGGAUUUGACUGUGUGUCUGAGUUGUUUGAACACUUUGCUAGUGAUGUUUUUGUAUGUCGAUAUUUACAUGCUGUUUACACUUUAUGUACAAAACUAUUUUGGCAAAAUGUUAUAAUGUCUGUAGCUGAAAAAAUAAACUGUUUCAUCUGUAUGUU